AGAACUUCAGCCUGGAGAAACAGGCACCAAUCGACAGUGGAGCUCCGAAUUGGAUGGGCCAGCCUUGGAAGCAUCACAUUCACAUCGAGACGCUGGCCCGAAAUCGUUUGCCGGCGAGCGCUUGAUAGUCGGCCCACGCGCAGCCGAACCUCCCGCCCCGCAGCUCCGGAACCAAUUGAUAUCGACACGAAACCCGGAGUUCAGUCCUCCCCCUUCCUCCGUCAGCCGCAGCGACCUCUCCGAACCGAAGAUGCCGACCCCCGAAUCCGCCGCGUUCCUAGCCAAGAAGCCCACGGUCCCACCGACCUUUGACGGGGUCGACUACGAUGAUAACAAGGCGCUCAAGGCCGCGCAGGACGCCAUCGUCAGGGAGCAGUGGGUUCAGGUCAUGAUGGGCCGGCUCGUCCGUGAGGAGCUGGGCAAGUGCUACUACCGGGAGGGCGUGAACCACCUGGAGAAGUGCGGGCACCUACGGGAACGAUAUCUGCAACUGCUCAAGACCGCAAGAGUAAAGGGCUAUAUUUUCGAGCAACAGAACUACAUCCCGAAGUGAGAGGGGAGGAGCGCGUGAAUCGAAUGGGCCAUGCGACACUUGGGAAGGGAUUCCGAGACGUCGAAGGCUAUACGUACAAUGGCCUAACGUCAGCUGGGUGGUAAUUACCUUAGCUGCUGGGAAAUCAAAGCAUGGUGCAGAGCUUGUCUAUCGAUUGCAUUAAGCGCACGCUGUUAGCCUUUAGAAGCUUGGGAUGACGAGCCUAGGUGCUUCUCAGGCGCAGCAGAGUGACAUUGUGGUGCUGGUCCAGCGCUGUUGGGAUUGUAAAACAGGACAGGUUGUGUCUUUGGUAGAUCAAUUGACGGCAAGUUAUAAUCAAUUGCCAAAUAUCACCAUUCAUUUCCCAAGUUGUUCUAGGAACCAACACUUUGCCAGGCGCAUUUGGUAGAGUCUUUGC